AUGCUGAGAACUUCGACCGCCUCUGCCGCCUCUUUGAUUCUUGCUCUCUCCCUCGUUGUCCUCGUCGUCUUCCUCCUCGUCCUCGUCGCCCUCGCCGCCCUGGGCGUCGCCCACUCCCUCUGGCAUUGCGCCGUUUCGUCCGCAGCAGUCGAAUCUGCGAUCGUUUGCUCCUUGCCGGAACAGACGCCAGUGCCUCAACCACGCACUCGGGACCGUCUCAGUCUCGACUUAUCUGGCCAGCCUGCUGUCUGCUUCUGCUCGCCUUCUCUCGCCCUUCGUGCCCUAUUCUGCAUCCCGCUCGCGAGCACGCCCGUCCCUCUUGCUCUCCAAAUCAAUACCUCCGGCGAUUCUUCCGCUAUCCCAUAA